GUCAUAUUAGCCAUGUCUUUGAUAUGGGAAGUAGUAGUUGUAGGUACUAUUGUGUAUGUCUUGUAUGAGUUGCUAAAUAUACAUAAUAGAAAAAAGUUACCUCCAGGUCCAAGAGGGCUUCCCAUUCUUGGACAUCUUCAUUUGUUAGGUAAAAACCCUCACCAUGAUUUUCAAAACUUAGCCAAGAAACAUGGUCCAAUUAUGUAUAUGAGACUAGGACUUGUACCUACAAUCGUUGUCUCGUCUACUGAUGUAGCCGAGAAGAUCCUCAAGACGUAUGAUCAUAUCUUUGCUAAUAAGCCUCAUAACGAGGCAGCUCAUUAUUUGGCGUAUGGACAGAAGAAUAUUAUAUUUGCAAAGUAUGGACCAUACUGGAGAAAUAUGCGUAAAUUGUGCACUCAACAUCUUUUGACUAAUCAAAAGAUCAAUUCAUUUCAAUCCUUGAGAAGACAACAAGUUGAGCUUAUGAUCAAAUCACUUCAAAAUGAAGGUCGUGUUGUUGUUGAUCUUAGUGAAAGAGUCGCGUCCUUGAAUGCUAACAUGACUUGUUUGAUGGUGUUUGGAAAGAAGUAUAUGGAUGAAGAUUUCGAUAAGAGGGGAUUUAAAGCUGUACUUCAAGAAGUUGUUCAUUUAGCUGCAAUAACUAAUCUUGGAGAUUUUUUCCCCUUUCUUGGUGUAAUUGAUCUCCAGGGACUCACACGCCGACUCAAGGAUCUUUCAAAGGUGUUUGAUGAGUUUCUUGAGAAGAUUAUCAAUGAACAUGUCGAGUCUCAUGAUGAGAAUCAAUCCAAAGACUUUGUGGACACGAUGUUGGACAUUAUGCAAUCAGGAAAAAUGGAAUUUCAGUUUGAUCGUAUCCAUAUUAAAGCUGUCCUCUUCGACAUGAUUGUUGCAGCAAUUGACACUUCAGCAACAUCAAUAGAUUGGAUACUAACAGAGCUUCUUAGACACCCUCAUGUGAUGAAGAAACUACAAAACGAGUUAGAACAAGUGGUAGGCCUUGAAAGAAUGGUAAAAGAAUCCGACUUGGAGAAUUUGAAGUACUUAGACAUGGUUGUAAAAGAGGGAAUGAGGCUACAUUCUGUAGUGCCAGUAACGCAACGUGAGGCCAUGGAAGAUUGUGUAGUUGAUGGCUUCAACAUACGAAAGGGACGAAUCAUGAUAAAUCAUUAUGCAAUUCAGAGGGAUCCAAAUGUUUGGUCCGAGCCUGAGAAGUUUUUGCCGGAGAGGUUUGUUGGGAGCAGUAUAGAUGUUCGUGGACGUGACUUCCAACUUUUACCAUUUAACUCUGGCAGAAGAAGUUGCCCUGCAAUACAAUUGGGGAUUAUCAUUGUCCGCCUUGUCGUUGCGCAAUUGGUGCAUUGCUUUGAUUGGGAGCUUCCAAAUGAUAUGCGGCCUUGUGAUUUGGACCUUGAGGAGCACUUUGGAAUAGUAACAUCCAAAGAAAAACAUUUAAUGGCUAUUCCUACUUAUAGACUAAAUGAACAAUGAAAAUACAAGUUUUCAUUUAGAUACCAGGAUUGUACUUUUGAAAGUUUCUAUCG